UGCCGCGAGGACCCGCGGAGCCCGAGCGGGGGCGCUUCGCUCUCCUGUGGAGGGUCUGGGCGGCGGGGCGAACCCCAUGGAGGCUGUGGGCUCGGAGAGCUGCGGAGGAGGAGUCGCGGGUCCUGGGGCCGAGGGCCGGCCGGCACCGGUGGAGAGGGUGCACUUUCGUGUGACGAGGUUCAUCAUGGAGGCAGGUGUCAAGCUCGGGAUGCAUUCCAUUCCCAUUGCCACUGCGUGCACCAUUUACCAUAAAUUCUUCUGUGAGAUCAACUUGGACGCCUAUGACCCUUACCUGGUCGCCAUGUCUUCCAUUUAUCUGGCUGGCAAAGUAGAGGAGCAGCACCUGCGGACCCGUGACAUCAUCAACGUGUCCAACAGGUACUUUAACCCGGGCAGUGAGCCCCUGGAGCUGGACUCGCGCUUCUGGGAGCUGCGGGACAGCAUUGUGCAAUGCGAGCUCCUUGUCCUGCGAGUUCUGCGCUUCCAGGUGUCCUUCCAGCACCCUCACAAGUACCUGCUCCACUACCUGGUUUCCCUCAAGAACUGGCUGAACCGUUACAGCUGGCAGCGGACUCCUGUCUCUGUCACAGCGUGGGCCCUGCUGCGGGACAGCUACCAUGGCGGGCUGUGUCUUCGUUUCCGGGCACAGCACCUGGCCGUGGCCGUGCUCUACCUGGCCCUGCAGGUCUACGGAGUCGAGGUGCCUGCCGAGGCUGAGGCUGAGAAGCCGUGGUGGCAGGUGAGGUGGCUGCUCAGUGCUGUGGACCCCGCACCUUCCCUUUCACAAGCCCCCAGCUGGAUGCUCACCAGUUCAUCAGUCAUCUGCGAAGACAGCCGCAGGCCGCUGAGGAACGCUGCCGCUUGGUGAUGCCCCUUCGGAGGAGGCUGGGGCCGGCUCUCCCCAUCGGCACCCACCGUAGCCACCGGGGCCAGAUAUUCUUUGUGGUGGGGGCUUCGGGUGUGGAACAGCAGCCCUGGCCUCCACCCAGACGCUGCCAAGUCGCCCCCUGUUGAGAACCACUGAACUGACCCAAGACAUUACUGAAUUGUUCACUCACUGAAUUGAGUAGGGAUUGCAUAGACUGAGAGGUGUAUAGCUCUGGCUUCCCUACCGGAGCACAUUGGGUGCUGUUUGACAGGAUGGAUGGGUGGGACGGGGGAGAUAGGUAGGGAUGUGUAGGUUAGUAGAUAGUGUGAAGGUAGGUGAUGAGAUAGAUGAAGGAUAGGUGGAUGGAUGAGGUAGAUGGUAGGUGGCUGGGUAGGUACAUGGGUGAGUGGGUGGAUAAAUGAAUGGAUGACAUAGGUGGUAGAUAGGGGGUGGAUGGAUGAGGUAGGUAGUAGGCAGGUAGGUG